CGGGCUAAGUGUCAUGCUGUUUAGCUGUAGUUGAGGUAACGAGGGACCAGCUGCUAAUCAGGGGUGGAAUCUUCUACUGCGAGGAGCAUCGUCAUGCUUGCUGACGCGUGUGUCGAUUCGAGGAUCGCCGUUCCUUAUGGCUGAAGGACCCUCUCGAGCCGUCACGGUUACCUGGCCAUUUCUGAACCCUAUCUUAAAGCCGAGGCGCGCUCAUCUUUGCCACCAGUAGCUCCUCGUGCGGUGCGUGCAUACUAAUGCUCGUUCCUCCGCCGUUUUUGCAACUCGUGUGUCUGGUCGUGUUCUGGUCCUGGUCUCGCUCUCGCUCUAUCUCUCGGCCUGUUUGACUGUUCUUCCAGCACUUCUUUUCGUAGCACCGGUUCAAAAUGGCUCUCUCUUCCGGAGUGGUCCCUUUGGGCCUGCUUGCUCUGUUUCUCCUUUCCGCUCCUUUUGCCAGCGCAUCAUGGGGGCCUCUGGACAGUCUGACGUGCGUGCCGGCCACGACGACGGUGAUGGAGCGCAGUGAGGGUCGCAGCCGCUGUGCCUACGACAGCCGCCUUGGCUACCGUGCCAUCGGGGUGGGCUACAACCUCGACGACAAGUCGGACGAGCGCAUGCGGGAGAUUUCAACCAUAACGCAGACUGACUAUGGAAAGCUGUACUGUGGGGAGGAGUGCCUCAACGACGUGCAGGUCAACGCUCUCCUGGCGUUUGACGCCCGGCGCUACCUGCUGCGUGCCAAGGAGCGCAUCGAGAACUUCAACAGCUUCUGUUGCAACGUGCAGUCGAUCUUCGCUGAUGUUGCCUUCACCCACGCCAAGAGUCGUCUGGGUGAGCAGUUCAGCCCCUCCAUAGACAGGGCGCUCAGCUCGCAGUACAAGGAAGCGGCGGAGGAGCUCAGGCGGUCCGAGUGGUGCCGUGAGCACGAGAAAGUGUGUGCGGCUGACACCAGAGCCAUGGAGGAGGGCUGCCCCACUGCCUCCAUGUCUAGCUCCCGGAAGGCGGGGUCAUGGUUGCCUGCCAACAGCCUGACGUGCGUGCCGGCGACGACUACGGUGAUGGAGCGCAGUGAGGGUCGCAGCCGCUGUGCGUACGACAGCCGCCUUGGCUUCCGGGCCAUCGGGGUGGGCUACAACCUCGAUGACAAGUCGGACGAGCGCAUGAGGGAGAUCGCCACCAUUCUCGCCGAUUACGAGAAGCUGUACCGGGGGGAGGCCUGUCUGAACGACUUGCAGAUCAACACGCUCCUGGCCUUGGAUGCUCGCCGCUAUCUGUUGAGGGCAGGGGAGAGUGUGAAGACCCUUGACAAUUUCUGCUGCAACGUUCAGGCUGUCUUCGCUGAUGUGGCCUUCACUCAUGCCAAGACUCGUCUGGGAGCACAGUUUGACCAGACCAUUCAGAAGGCCUCGUCCUUCCAGUGGAGGGAGGCAGCGGAGGAGCUGAGGCAGUCCAAGUGGUGCCGCAAGAACGAGGCAGCCUGCAAGGUGGAUGCCCAGCAGCUGGAGGAGGGCUGUGCUUCCGUGGGCGAUAGUGCCGUGUUGGCCUUUCUUGAUAGCCUCCGGGGGUUGAUGGCAGCUUAGAUGUGGAUAGUUGGGCUGCAUAUCGGUUUAGGGUUCUGCUUGUAAGGUGGAUUGCCUCCCUGGGUUGAUGGCAGCACAUAGGUUGUGGAGAGUCUGGCAAUUGGGUAUGCGGUUUCCCUUUAGUGGGAGAGUUCCAUGGGGAAUGUCUAUGUGGUGGUUACCUAGUGCUGACUAGAGUUGUUGGCGCUUGUUAUGUGAAAUGAAGAAGGUGAUUGGAAUUGGG